GCCAACGUCCUUGCGGCGUCACUGGCGAUCGCGGGAUCGGCGCUCUACGUGGUGCUCUACACCGCGCUGUUGAAGCGGACGACGACACAGAACAUCGUUAUCGGAGGGGCCGCGGGCGCGAUGCCUCCGCUGGUAGGUUACGCGGCGAUUCUCGGAGUGCUCGAACUCGAGGCGUGGUACCUCUUCGCGGUCGUGUUUUUCUGGACUCCGCCGCACUUCUGGGCGUUGUCGUUGCUGAUUAAAGAAGACUAUGCGCGCGCUGGCGUGCCGAUGAUGCCGGUCGUAUCCGGCGAGGCCGCGACGCGGGUUCAGAUCCUGUUGUACACCGUUUUGAUGUUGCCGCUUACGGUGAUGUAUUACUUUGCAACGUCGAAACUGGGGGUCGUGUAUCUCGUGUCGGCAGUGGUGCUGGGUCUGGUUUUCUUUGGGCUGGCGUUUAAGUUGUGGCGGUCUGGCGAGCGCAAAGAUACGGUUAACUUGUAUAAAUUUUCGCUGCUGUACCUGUUCCUGUUGUUUGUGGCGCUGAUGUUUGAUGCGGCGACGGUUUAG